AGAAUGCGCGCCGCGCUCGCGCAGGCGCUGUUCAUAUCCCCGGGACUCUUGCUCCUGGACGAGCCGACGAACCACCUGGAUCUCCCCGCGACGCUGUGGCUGGCGAGUUACCUCUCGUCCCCCGCGUGCGCGAAAACCGCGACGCUCUUGGUCACGCACAGCGCGGACUUCGUCGCGUCGUGCGCGACGGACUUGCUGCACUUGGAUCACUUCCAGAAAAAGAUCACGAGGCACAAGGGCGACGUGUGGAACUUUCUCAACGGCGCGGACGACCGGUUCAAAGCGCAGAGCAAAGCGUUCGACGCGCAGCAGAAGAAGCUCGCGGAGUUGAAGUCGAAAGGCGGCCUCAGCGCGGAGAAGGCGGCGGCGAAGCUGCUCAAGGAUUCGCGCGCGGACGCGCUUCUGGAGAAGCCCAACGUCUACGCGGUCAAGUUUUCGUUUCCGUCUUCGGAGGACGACCGGCCGUGCAUCGCCGUCCUCGACGCGUCGUACACGAUCCCCGGGCGCUCCGAGCCGAUGUACAGAGACCUACGGUUCAGCGUGCACGCCAAGAGCCGCGUCGCGCUCGUCGGCCCGAACGGCUGCGGGAAGUCCACGCUACUCGGCUUACUUGCGGGACGAUUGAAACCAGACUCGGGCGAGGUCUCCCCGGAUCGGUCUCUGACGCUCGGUCGAUACGACCAGCACUUCGACGAGCUCCUGCCCGUGGAGACGACGAAGCACGCGACGAAGCACUUGGAGGACGCGUUCGGGAUCUCCACGCAGGAGGCGCGGAAGUUAUUAGGGCAGAGCGGCCUCGAAGGGAACGCGCACCUGACCCCGGUGAAGAAUCUGAGCGGCGGUCAAAAGAGCCGCGUCUUGUUCGCGCAACUCGCGGCGACGCGCGCGAACGUCCUCGUCCUCGACGAGCCCACGAACCACCUCGAUUUGGAGUCCGUGGAGGCGCUGAUCGAGGGAUUAAACGCUUUUAAAGGCGGCGUUUUCGUGUCCACGCACGACGCGCGUCUCGUCGAAGGGUUGGACGAGUGCGAGGUGUGGGUGUGCGGCGAGGGCGAAACCGGUGUUCGCGUUUUGCCGCGACCGAACGGAUUCGCGCGGUACCGCGACGCGGUCGAGCGCGAGGUCGAGGAGAAGGUGGAGAGGGCGAGCGCGGAGGCGAAGAAGCGGAAGAGCGGGCUGAAGGACCGAGCGAAGGGGAGGGGCGGCGGGAAGUGA